AUGAUCAAGUUUUGGCUCCAACUAUUAGCUGCCAGUUGUCUGCAUGGCUUUACGCACGCGGCCCCUCUGGUGAACGAUACGUUCGAUCUGCACCCCUUUCGCAUUGAUCUAUCAGCUAGGGUACCUCGAAUGCUCGAUCAGAUCCGAAGUACUCGGCUUCCUGAAAGAUUUCCAUAUUCCGGCAUUGACUCGUCCUUCGGGAUCGACCUUGACGUUCUGAAAGCAUUGCAAGCAAAAUGGUUGACUGAUUUCAGCUGGGAAACAGAACAAGAUUCAAUGAAUCAGUUCGAUCACUACACAACAUCAAUUGAAGACUUAAGGGUCCACUUCGUUCACGAGAAGUCCGCUGCGCCGAACGCCAUACCGCUGCUUUUGGUCCAUGGCUGGCCAGGAUCGUUUCUGGAAUUUGCUCCCAUCAUUGACCAACUUACUAAAGAAGCAACGACCUUUACAGGAAAACCUGUUUCAUUUGAUGUUAUUAUACCUUCCCUUCCCGGCUUCACUUUCUCGUCCCCUCCUCCGCUCAACUGGACGAUCACAGACACAGCCCGUAUAUUCAACACACUGAUGGUAGAUGUCCUGGGAUAUAACACCUACGCCAUACACGGAACGGACUGGGGCAGUGCUAUUUCUUAUAAUAUGUACGACCAAUUUAACGAAACCAUCGGUGCAGCACAUUUUGCAUUCCUCCCCUUCUAUCCGCAGACCCCAGAUCAGCUUGCUGCUGGGAAUAUCACACUUUCCAAAGUGGAGCUGGUCGAAGAGCAAAAUGCAAUGAAUUGGGCUAACACAGGUGACGGAUAUUUCAUUGAACAAACUACCAAGUCCAAUACGGUCGGCCUGGCACUUCAGGAUAAUCCAAUAGGGCAACUCGCUUGGCUUGGAGAGAAAUUCAUGAACUGUGAGUACACUUCGUUUACAUCAACUGGCUGCCACUAA